AUAUUUACUUAUGGUCGACUGUUCCAAGAAUGUAAUAAAACAAUGUUUAGAAGGGACAGCCUCCGGUGAGCAGCUGUCGAGACUAGUUGAUACUACAUUGGGCAUGGUGCUGGCAAUGGGAGAAGCCGAGACCAUGUUUUGUCGUCAAGGAGGGCUUCCUUUAACCACUAUCACCAAAGCACCGAUGUCACAAGACAAACCUUGUGCUGACCGCUACUACAGACAAACUCCCAAAUGCGGAGACACGUUUGUGGAAAAAUUCAGUGUGAACCCAGCAGAUGAGACGCUGUGUGUAGAAUAUGGAAAGGUCAUUGAUUGUGCCAAGCACAAAAUCGAAGACCACUGUACUCGGUCCGAAGCCAGAGAUCUGAGAAACAGCCUGUAUGAAGAUUUUAACCCUUACUGUGAGGCCGACAAAAUUAUUGCGAGGGAAGUUGCACAGAAUUCUACUGGUCGGUCGUCUCCUACCAGUCUACUGUACUGGUUCUGCUGUGUUAUUCUUAUGGCCUUAUAUGGUCAUUGAAUUCUGCGUGCAAUAAAAUACGACGAAAGAAUCGAAUCAUAAAAAACAAGAUUCCCAGAAGUUCAUUCGAAUUUGCUUUGCACCACCGGAACAGCUUUAAGUAACUUUUUUACCCCAGUAUAAUAUUUAAAAAAAAAAAUAAUAAUAUUUGUGAGCAGUAAUGCAUGUGAGCUGAUGAACUUUUUAUUGCUAUCCUAUAUGAUGAAGGAAGACACACAUUCCAUAAUCUGGGGUUGUUUUUACUUCGCGAACAUGCAGUAAACGCCACCAACGGUGGCAUUUCUAAGAAUCAGAUUGACUUCCAACAGUUGUUUGUCUGAGCGCCAACCCAACCAUUACACACAUUCUAGCAAUAAUAAUACUAAUUAGUAAUUAAUACUAAUUAGUUUAAUUAUAUUUAAUACAAGCUGAUGUUCGAUCCCAAACUUAGUGCUAUUUAUUCCUGGUACCCACAUUUACGGCACUUGAUCAGUUAAUGUAAUUAUCAUAUUUUCUUACCGUCUAUGCAAACUAUACGUGCUUCUUAUCAUAAAAUACUUAUUUUCAUUGUAUUUAAUUAACAGAUCGACA